AGAACUUUUUGCCAGAGGGCCGCUGCCGACCACGGAAUGGAACCGUAGAAGCAAUUCUCGCGAGAUGUAGAGUGGCUGGAGCCUGUGGAGAGGGGCGGAGGCCCAGAGGGGCACCACGUGGGGCUGCGGGUGCCGUAUCUUGGGCUGCCGUCCAGUUUGGGUCUAGGUUGGAGCUGGAACCGUGGAGAUGCGGAAGGAAACCCCGCCCCCCUUAGUGCCCCCGGCGGUCCGCGAGUGGAACCUUCCCCCUAAUGCGCCCGCUUGUAUGGAACGGCAGUUGGAGGCUGCGCGGUAUCGGUCCGAUGGGGCGCUUCUGCUCGGGGCCUCCAGCUUGAGUGGCCGCUGCUGGGCUGGCUCCCUCUGGCUGUUCAAGGACCCUUGUGCCGCCCCCAACGAAGGCUUCUGCUCCGCUGGAGUCCAGACGGAGGCCGGAGUGGCUGACCUCACUUGGGUUGGGGACAGAGGUAUCCUAGUGGCUUCCGAUUCAGGUGCUGUUGAAUUGUGGGAGCUGGAUGAGAACGAGACACUCAUUGUCAGCAAGUUCUGCAAGUAUGAGCAUGAUGACAUUGUGUCUACAGUCAGUGUCCUGAGCUCUGGCACACAAGCUGUCAGCGGUAGCAAAGACUUCUGCAUCAAGGUUUGGGACCUUGCUCAGCAGAUGGUACUGAAUUCAUACCGGGCUCACUCCGGGCAGGUCACCUGUGUCGCAGCCUCCCCCCACAAGGAUUCCAUGUUCCUUUCAUGCAGUGAGGACAACAGAAUUUUACUCUGGGAUACCCGCUGUCCUAAGCCAGCAUCACAGAUGGGCUGUACUGCCUCUGGCUACCUUCCUACCUCCCUGGCUUGGCAUCCUCAGCAGAGUGAAGUCUUUGUCUUUGGUGAUGAGAGUGGGACCGUCUCCCUUGUAGACUCCAAGAGUGCAAGGUGUGCCCUCAGCUCAGCUGUGCACUCCCAGUGUGUCACUGGGCUGGUAUUCUCCCCACACAGCACCCCCUUCCUGGCCUCUGUCAGUGAAGACUGCUCACUCGCCGUGCUGGACUCAGGCCUUUCUGAGGUGUUUAGAAGCCGAGCCCACAGAGACUUUGUGAGAGAUGCUACUUGGUCCCCGCUCAAUCACUCCCUUCUUACCACAGUGGGCUGGGACCAUCAGGUCCUCCACCACAUCCUGCCUACAGAGCCUCUCCCAGCCCUUGGACCUAAGGGUGUUGCCGAGUAGAGUGGAUUUAAGACAAAAAGCAAAUCCCCCUGAGUAUCCACUCCAUCUGCCCCUGCCCUUUCUGUCUGUGAUACCACACAGGAGCCUUAUACAGUAUGUUGGUACAGCAGAUCUGGGCAAUUAAUAGGCUUUGUCUCUCACCCUGAGGGAAGCUGGAUGCUGGGAUCUUGCAGUCAUAGGGAAGAAAAACUUUCUUAAAAUUGGAUAUGUAUGUGUGUCUGAGUGUGUGUGUAGAUACAUAGUUUUUGGUGGUGGGAGGGAAUUAAAAAAAAACCCCAUCUUACAUCUUUCCCAAGCCCUCCCCCCACCAAAAAAAAA